AUGACACUUAUUGACGGCAAGGCUAUUGCGGCGGAGAUCCGGGGAGAGAUCGCAGAGGAGAUAGCACGGCUCUGUGCAGACGGGCUGUUCCAGGCCAAGCUGACGAUUUUCCAGGUGGGCGAGCGGCACGACUCGAGCACGUACGUGAGGAUGAAGCGGCGAGCGGCGGCCGAGGCAGGGAUCGAGGUGGAGUUCGUGCAGCUGGGCGCGGAUGUGGACGAGGAAGAGGUUUUGGCGGCGAUCGACGCGCGCAACGCGGACGAGACGGUGCACGGGAUUCUGGUGCAGCUGCCGCUGCCGCCGGGGAUGGACGAAGACCGGGUGACGUCGCGCGUCGCGCCGGAGAAGGAUGUGGAUGGGUUUGGGUCCUACAACAUCGGGGAGUUGAAUAAGCGCCACGGGCGGCCACACUUCCACCCAUGCACGCCGAAGGGCAUCAUCGAGCUGCUGCGGCGCAUGGACGUGCAGAUAGCGGGUGCAAACGUGGUGGUCCUGGGACGGUCUGACAUCGUUGGUGCCCCGGUUGCGUGUCUCCUGCGGGCGCUCGACGCGACGGUCACGGUGCUGCACUCGCGUUCGCGCGACAUCCCUGGCUACGUGGGGCGCGCGGACAUCGUGGUGGUGGCGAUUGGGCAGCCGGAGUUUGUCAAGGGCGCUUGGUUUACGAAUCCGGACGCCGUGGUGAUCGACGUGGGGACCAACUUCGUGGAGGAUUCGACGCGCAAGACCGGCUACCGGUGUGUGGGCGACGUCGAGUUCGGUGUGGCGUCUGAAAAGGUACGGCUCAUCACGCCGGUGCCCGGAGGUGUCGGGCCAAUGACGGUGGCAAUGCUGAUGCAGAAUACGCUGGAUGCCGCGAAGAAGUGCCACUCGGCCCCCCGCAAGCUGUCGCCCUUGCCGCUGCAAUUGCAGAAGCCGGUUCCCUCUGACUACGAGAUUUCGCGGUCGCAGGUGCCCAAGAACAUCGCUGUCGUUGCCAGGGAAGCCGGAUUGCUUCCGUCUGAGGUGGAGCUCUACGGCUCCGUGAAGGCCAAGGUCAAGCUAGACACCUUGGAUAGACUUGCACACCGUGAGAACGGCAAAUAUGUACUUGUUACGGGUAUAACGCCUACGCCUUUGGGUGAAGGCAAGUCGACCACCACAGUGGGCCUGGUGCAGGCCCUGGCCGCACAUCUCGAUAAGGUCGCAUUUGCAACCGUUCGGCAGCCAUCGAUGGGGCCUACUUUCGGCAUCAAGGGCGGUGCUGCAGGUGGCGGUUACUCCCAGGUCAUUCCGAUGGAUGAGUUUAAUUUGCAUGUGACCGGGGAUAUCCACGCUAUUUCCAUGGCGAACAAUUUGCUAGCAGCGGCGAUUGACACCCGUAUGUUUCACGAGGCAACACAAAAGGAUGCUGCGCUGUACAAGAGGCUAGUUCCCGAGAAGAAUGGGACACGGAAGUUUACGUCAACGAUGCUCCGCCGCCUGCAGAAGUUAGGGAUUCACAAGACUGAUCCAAACUCCCUCACGGAGUCUGAAAUUGCUCGUUUUGCCCGCCUCGACAUUGACGCAGAUACGAUCACUUGGAGACGUGUGGUGGAUUGUAAUGAUCGCUUCCUGCGGGGAAUUACUGUUGGGGAAGCCCCAACGGAGCGCGGAUACAAACGCCAGACCGGAUUUGACAUUUCUGUUGCGUCGGAGUGUAUGGCCAUUCUGGCGCUAGCUGAUUCCCUCCACGAUUUAAGGGAGCGGUUGGGCAGGAUCGUCGUAGCCGCGUCCAGGAACGGGGAGCCCAUAACCUGCGAGGAUAUUGGUUGUGCAGGUGCUAUGGCCGCCCUGCUGAAGGAUGCCAUCAAGCCAAACAUUAUGCAGACGUUAGAGGGGACACCGGUCUUUGUGCAUGCUGGUCCGUUCGCAAACAUCUCCAUUGGCGCAAACUCUGUUCUUGCCGACAAGAUCGCGUUGAAGCUUGCUGGUGUAGACCCCAAUUGGUCCGAAGCGGAGAAGAAGAAGCGCCAAGGCUAUGUUGUCACGGAGGCUGGCUUUGAUUUCACCAUGGGCGGCGAACGCUUCUUGAAUAUCAAGUGCAGGGCCAGCGGCAUCUCGCCAGAUGUUGUCGUAAUUGUGGCGACGGUGAGGGCCUUAAAGGUACACGGUGGCGGUCCCGAGGUGAAGGCGGGCGCACCAUUGCCUAGUGCCUACCUGAACGAAGACGUUGACCUCCUACGGAAGGGCUGUGCAAACCUCGCCAAGCAUAUUGCCAAUGCAAGAACAUACAACCUCCCCGUUGUGGUAGGGAUCAACCGCAUGUCUUCGGACACUGAGCGCGAGCACGAGGUGAUCAGAGAAGAGGCCAUCAAGGCUGGUGCAUUUGAUGCAAUCGUCUCGAACCACUGGGAGGAGGGCGGCCAGGGGGCUGUCAAGCUCGCGGAAGGUGUUAUCAGAGCCACGGAGGAAUGCAGGCCCGAGUUCCACUACCUGUACGACACCGAGGGGCCGUCCAUCGAAGACAAGAUCUCCACCAUUGCCAAGACCAUGUAUGGCGCUGCAGAGGUCGAGUUUCUGCCCGAGGCCCGCAAGAAAAUCGAGCUGUACACCAAGCAGGGCUUCAACCACCUGCCUAUCUGCAUCGCGAAGACACAGUACUCCCUCUCGCACGACGCUAACCUCAAGGGUGUGCCCACCGGCUUCAAGUUCCCAGUGCGCGACAUUCGCGCGUCCAUUGGCGCCGGCUACUUGUACGCGCUAGCCGCGGAAAUCCAGACCAUACCUGGCCUCCCCACCCACUGUGGGUUCAUGAACAUCGAAAUUAACGACAAGGGCGAGAUCGACGGAAUGUUCUAA